AUUUGUGUAAAUAUUUGAUAUAAAAGUAUUAAAUAGCAGAUAAAUUACAGAUUUUUUUUUUUAAAAAGAAAAAAUGUCUAAUAAUUUACUGAUAUUAUUGUCCGUAAAUGUAUUGUUGGUGUUGUUGUUGUUGUCGGGAACCGGUAUGUGUGAAAUAAUUAUCAAUGAAGACGUGGACAAUGAGAUCGACAAUUUGAUUGCCGAUAACGACCGGAUGGCUCUACCCUAUAGACGACUACCCGAAACAAAAGAUAUUUUAAAUUUUGAAAUAUGCAAAGUUUUCUAUCAGAAAGAGCUAAAAAUUGCCGAUUAUUUGACCCAUAAAUUCCAUUAUAACCGACACUUGCGUGUAAUCGCUGCCAAUAUAUCCUUAACUCGGAUGCGAUUGUGGAGUAAAUACUGUGAUUAUGAUAAAGAUUUUUUGAUGAAUAUAUUCAGAUCAGCGAAUCGAUUGUUAGGCGAAACCAGAAAAUAUACAGAAUAUGCCUUCAAAGCCAUGCAAUCAGUCUAUCGUCCAAAUUCUGGUAUUACUGUAUCGCAUAUUAUGUGUAUUUCAAAUAACUAUUACGAAAAGUUUGCCAAUUCGUUCAACAAUUCGGCAUUUCGUCGGAUAUCUGCCGAAACACUUGAAGUCUUUGCCGACGCUUGGAUGCCAUACCUGAAGGUAUCGUUGAAUAUCAAGAAUAAGAUGAUUACCAGUGAUUGUAAUUCAUUGAACACUACCUACGAUCCGACGGCGGCCAGACAUCGGGUGUCCAAACAAAUGGCAUUAUUUGACGCAUUGAAUGUAUUAAUUAAAGUUUGAAUUAAAUAAUUAAAUUAAAUAAUAAUAUUUUAUUUACUAAU